AAGGCUUAUCACACGUAUCACAUAGUUCGUGAAAGUCUAUCGUAAAGAAACCGAUAACAAAGUCUAUAAAUGUGCACUAUUACUUUACUCUUCAUUUAUGACUUCAAAACAUGAGGGUAGGAGUGGAAUUGCUGUGCUUUAUAGGUGCAAGCGUGCUUGCAGUUUUAGGAAACGACCAAAUUAAUACUGCUGUUUUGACCCUUCACAAUCAGUACCGAGCAAAGCAUGGGGUACCUGCGCUGGUGUUGGACUCAGAGAUGAACCGCUAUGCGCAAGAAUGGGCCAACCAGCUUGCAAAGACGUCGACGUUUUCUCACCGUCCAAACAACAAAUACGGGGAAAACUUGUAUUGGGGCUCGUAUCCUGGAGAAACAGAUUUGCAGAUAUCACAGAGAGGGGUGAAAGCCUGGUACGAUGAAAACAAAUUUUACAAUUACGAUUCCGAGACUGUACAAACAAAGGCUUUGCAUUUUACGCAAGUAAUUUGGCGAAGCUCUCGGAGAUUGGGUAUUGGUGUUGCAAGAGGCAACAACGGAGUGUACUUGGUCUGCAACUAUGACCCACGUGGUAACUUUGUGGGACAAUUUAGAGCAAACGUACCAAGACCUACCGGUUAAUUUAGGCAAUAAAGUUGGUGGAACCACAGGUUGGGGUGGUUUUCCCAAAACGGUGGCGGUUUCCCUGUACGAGGCUAAUGGAUGUUUGUUGGUCUAAGUGUUCGUAGGAGGGGUCCUGGGAACCAUUCUGCAUCUUGGAAACGACUUUGGUGUUGAUAUUUACA